GAAGAAAGCUUAAAGAUUGUGUGAAAAUUUCUUCUGACAAAUCCUUUCUUUCCCCUUAGGUGAGCAGAGCUUUUACAUUCUCUCCUGCAAUUGUUUUAUAUUCUGGACUGUCUUUGCUUUGUUGUUAAAUGUGAGCUUCCUGAUUCUGUGAACGUACGAUUAAACGCUCACUUGACAAAAUUAUAAUAAUAACCUUAAGUAGAGGGAUUGGGCAGUACAACUACAAUGUAUAUAAGUUCAACUGCAAUUUGUACUUAAGCAUACGAUGUAUACCACUCUGUGCAAUUAUUACAUUCUUAGUAUUUUCCUUAGUUGCUGUUCAAGGAAAACAGUAUAGUAUUUCUACUAAUAGCAUGACUCACAUUUUUCAAUACUUGUUCGUAUAUAAAGGGGAAUCCCUCUAGUUAUGCGUACAACACAUAGGAUUUAAUUAUUGCAAAAUUAAGAUAUUUUCCGGCGUUUAAGAUAAUAUAAUAUUAAGUUUUACUAUGUUUUCUUUGUUUCAACUAACUUCAUUUGGAUUAUUUUUCGUCUUUUCUUCUGUUCACUCUGAAACGCCCUCAACCAUGUCCGUCGGAAGAAGCCCACGCAGUGCCACCCACUUGGUUCAUCAUUUGGAUGCCAGCCCCCUCAUGGUGGCCGCUGAUGUCAUUGAUGCAAUUAGUUUUAAGACCACUGAGAUACUUCUCUCGGAGUACCUUUGGCAGCAGACGCAACAGUAUCACAUCCAAGCAUUGCAGUCCGGGUUUGUACACGGAAUUAGGAGCGCUUCUCUCGACCCCGAGGGCUUCGGAGGUUUCAUGCUUCAGGACUCCGUAUUUUGUUAUGAGGCAUCAAACAACAUUGCUAUUGCCGAAUCAAAUGCAACAGAUCCGUUUAUUAAACAGUUCUUGCAGGAAAAGUUUCAAGCAUACCAGGAUUACUACCAAGCACUUAUCCAUACCUGGCAUAUUGAGAACGUAUCCGGAAUCAAGCUGGGCCAAGCUUGCUCGGCCUACAUUGCCCAUGAACACGAUGUAGCAAUGAACUACAACUCGGUAUACUUCGUGGUUGCCCUCAUACCUUGUGCAAAGCUUUGGCCAUGGAUUGGACAGCAGAUUGCAGCAGAUACAGGCAAUUUUGGCGUGUACACCAAGUGGGUCCAGGAGAACUUUAGUCCUGACAGUUCUGGAGUAACCAAGUACGAAACAUUGAUUAACAACGCUGAAGCUCAAGGUGUAAUAAACAGAAACGAGGCGCUGGAAAUCUAUACGAAGAGCAUGAUUGGAGAGGUUAACUUCUUUAGCUCCAUCAAGACAAUAAUGGUGGAGAGUGCCAAUGGCAGUUCAAACAAAUAUGUUUCAAAGGAACGGCAAUACGCACUUACAUUUUUGUUAUGCAUUAUUUGGUUGGUUGUACAGCCAAUGUUAACCACAUAAUAAAAAUACACUUUUUAUUCACAUUAAAAAAUAUAUAUUUACGCAUGCUUAAGUACGAUUCAUAUUUAUGUGUAUAUUGGUGCACAAGGUUUACAAUUGAAAAAACGUUAAUGAGCUUUUCUUCUUAUACUUAUAUUAAGUACAUGCAAGAAACUUAUUUUUGUAAAUUAUACUUUCUCGUAUGUUUACUGUUGGAACGAUUUUAUUUCUUUGACAAAAUAUGCCAUUUCUUAAGGGCCCCCCAUCAUUUGUAGUAAGAUGCAUUCUAUGAUUUAUCCACCACCCUUGCUCCAUCCUUGCUCAACACCACAGUUAUCUGCCCUUUGGUUUUUAAUAUACGCUCAGAAGAAAAAGAUUAGUCAGUACUUAUACUCUGUCAAAUAAUUUUCGGAAAUAAAACUAGAACGUAAAAGCAUUUGACUUACCACAUUGUUUAUUUUAUAUCCAACAUUUGUUAACAUUUUAAACUCACAAUACCAGCAGAUUCCAGUAUUUUACACUUCAUAUUUAGCAAAGGGGUCCAAAUGAAAAAUUCUGUCGACGUCAAUAUCUAGUGUAGCCACCCCGCUUCAAUAACAGCAACACACCGACGUCUCAUGCUAUUUAUUAGUGUUCUAAUAAUUUGAAGUGGUAUUCUCGCCCAUUCCUCCUGUAAAGCCCGCUCAAGGUUCGCAACGUUAUUGACGUCAUCUCUGCUACGUAGUUAACGUCCAAGUCAAUCCCAUAUAUAUAUGCUCGAUCGGUGAGAGAUCAGAUGAUUUCGUAGGCC